CAGUCGUACAUUUUGAAAGCUAACUUGCAGGCUAAUAGAGUUAGUUGAUUGGGAACAACAAUCGAUUAUGUCUUUCGAUAAAUACUUUUUUUUAAGUGUUUAGAUUUAAUUUGUUUGCAUGUUUCUUGUUUGAGUUUAAUAGCUAGCUAGCAUUAGCGACAUUAGCUGCUAGCACAACAACUCAUAUUCCUUCUGUUUCCGGCAGCCCAAGAGAUCUGAUCAGAAUGGGUUAUUUGAAACUAAUAGAGAUUGAAAACUUCAAAUCAUACAAGGGCAGGCAAAUUAUCGGUCCCUUUCACAAGUUUACCGCGAUUAUUGGACCCAAUGGUUCCGGCAAGUCCAACCUUAUGGACGCCAUCAGCUUUGUACUGGCCGAGAAAACCAGUAACCUGCGUGUGAAGACUUUGAAGGACCUGAUCCAUGGAGCCCCAGUAGGGAAGCCAGCUGCCAACAGAGCGUUUGUGAGCAUGGUGUACCACGAGGAUAGUGGAGAAGAGCGCACCUUCACCAGAAUCAUCAUUGGCUCGUCAUCAGAGUACCGUAUCAACAGUAAGGUGGUGGCUCUGGCUGAGUACAGUGAGGAGCUGGAGAAACUAGGCAUCCUCAUCAAGGCCAGGAACUUCCUUGUUUUCCAGGGGGCAGUAGAGUCAAUAGCCAUGAAGAACCCCAAGGAGCGUACUGCUCUGUUUGAAGAGAUCUCCCGGUCUGGGGAGCUGGCUCAGGAGUACGAUCGCAGGAAGAAGGAGAUGGUGAAAGCUGAGGAGGACACACAGUUCAACUACCAUCGCAAGAAGAACAUUGCCGCUGAGCGCAAAGAGGCAAAGCAGGAGAAAGAGGAGGCUGAGCGUUACCAGCGUCUGAAGGACGAGGUGGUGAAGGCCCAUGUCCAAAUGCAGCUGUUCAAGCUGUACCACAACGAUGCAGAGAUAGAGAAGCUCAACCGCGAGCUGGCGCAUCGCAACAAGGAGAUCGACAAGGACCGCAAGAAGAUGGACCACGUGGAGGAGGAGCUGAAGGAGAAGAAGAAAGAGCUUGGGAGGAUGAUGAGGGACCAACAGACUGUGGAGAAAGAAAUCAAGGAGAAGGACGCUGAGCUCAACCAGAAGCGCCCCCAGUACAUCAAGGCCAAAGAGAAUACCUCCCACAAGAUUAAGAAACUGGAGGCGGCCAAGAAGUCCCUCCAGAACGCCCAGAAACUGUACAAGAAGAGGAAGGGGGACAUGGACGAGUUGGAGAAAGAACAGUUGGCCGUGGAGAUGGCCCGGCAAGAGUUUGACGACCGCAUGGAGGAGGAGGCUCAGAGCCAGGGACAGGACCUCACGCUGGAGGAGAACCAGGUCAAGGCCUACCACCGCCUGAAGGAGGAGGCCAGUAAGAGGGCAGCCACUCUGGCCCAGGAACUGGAGAAGUUCAACAGGGACCAGAAGGCUGACCAGGACCGCCUCGACUUGGAGGAGAGGAAGAAAGUGGAGACUGAGGCCAAGAUCAAGCAGAAGUUCCGCGAGAUAGAAGAGAACCAGAAGCGUAUUGAGAAGCUAGAGGACUAUAUCUCCACCAGCAAGCAGUCCCUUGAUGAGCAGAAGAGGAUGGAGGAGGAGUUGACCGAGGAGGUGGAGACGGCUAAGAAGAGAAUCGACGAGAUCAACUUGGAACUCAACCAGGUGAUGGAGCAGCUGGGAGAUGCCAGGAUCGACAGGCAGGAGAACAGCAGGCAGGCGCGCAAGGCCGAGAUCAUGGAGAGCAUUAAGAGACUGUAUCCCGGAUCUGUGUACGGCCGUCUGAUUGAUCUGUGUCAGCCCACACAAAAGAAGUUCCAGAUCGCUGUGACCAAGGUGCUGGGCAAGAACAUGGACGCCAUCAUCGUGGACUCUGAGAAGACGGGCAGAGACUGCAUCCAGUACAUCAAAGAGCAGAGAGGAGAGCCGGAGACCUUCCUGCCCCUCGACUAUUUAGAGGUGAAGCCCACCGACGAGAAGCUCCGUGAGCUGCGCGGGGCCAAGCUGGUGAUCGACGUGAUCCGCUACGAGCCGCCGCACAUCAAGAAGGCCCUGCAGUACGCCUGUGGCAACGCGCUCGUCUGUGAGAACGUGGAGGACGCCCGGCGGAUCGCCUUUGGAGGGCCCUACAGACACAAGACGGUGGCCCUCGACGGCACUCUGUUCCAGAAGUCGGGUGUGAUCUCUGGGGGAGCCAGUGACCUGAAGGCCAAGGCCCGGCGGUGGGAUGAGAAGGCUGUGGACAAACUCAAGGACAAGAAGGAGAAACUCACUGAGGAACUCAAGGAGCAAAUGAAGGCCAAGAGGAAGGAGGCGGAGCUACGCCAGGUCCAGUCUCAGGCUCAUGGCCUCCAGAUGAGACUGAAAUACUCCCAGAGUGACCUGGAACAGACCAAGACACGACACCUCUCCCUCAACAUGCAGGAGAAGUCCAAACUGGAGAGUGAGCUGGCUAACUUUGGCCCUCGUAUUAAUGACAUCAAGAGGAUUAUCCAGUCCCGGGAGAAGGAGGUCAAUAAUCUGAGAGACCGCAUGAACGUCGUUGAAGAUGAGGUGUUUGUCGAGUUUUGUAAGGAGAUUGGUGUAAGGAACAUCAGAGAGUUCGAGGAAGAGAAGGUCAAGAGGCAGAAUGAGAUUGCCAAGAAACGGCUGGAGUUUGAGACCCAGAAGACCCGUCUGGGCAUUCAGCUGGACUAUGAGAGGAACCAGCUGAAGGAGGACCAGGAGAAGGUCAUGAUGUGGGAGCAAACUGUCAAGAAGGACGAGGCGGAGAUAGAGAAACUGAAGAAGGAGGAACACCGUCACAUGAAGAUCAUAGACGAGACGAUGGCCCAGCUGCAGGACCUUAAGAACCAGCACCUCACCAAGAAGUCAGAGGUCAAUGACAAGAACCACCAAAUGGAAGAGAUACGCAAGAAACUGGGAGGAGCCAACAAGGAGCUCACCCAGCUGCAGAAGGAGGUGACGGCCAUCGAGACCAAGCUGGAGCAGAAACGCAGCGACCGGCACAACCUGCUGCAGGCCUGUAAGAUGCAGGACAUCAGGCUGCCCCUACGCUCCGGGACCAUGGACGACAUCGGACAGGGAGAGGGGAGCUCCCAGCAGGAGGAGUCGAGCAGCAGUCAGAGGACGUCCAGUACCGUCCUGGCCAAAGAGGCUCUCAUAGAGAUUGACUACAGCAACCUGGCUGAGGACCUCAAGGACGCCCUGGCAGAGGAUGAGAUCAAGGCUGAGAUCAACACGCUACAGCAGCGUCUCAACGAGCAGCAGUCCAUCCUGCAGAGGAUCAGCGCUCCCAACAUGAAGGCCAUGGAGAAACUGGAGUCUGUCAGGGACAAGUUUCAGGAGACCAGUGACGAGUUUGAGGCGGCCCGUAAGAGGGCGAAGAAGGCCAAGCAGGCUUUUGAGCAGAUCAAAAAGGAGAGGUUUGACCGCUUCAACGCCUGUUUUGAGUCUGUAGCCACCAACAUCGAUGAGAUCUACAAAGCCUUGUCCCGUAACAGCAGUGCCCAGGCCUUUCUGGGGCCGGAGAACCCGGAGGAACCCUACCUGGACGGGAUCAACUAUAACUGUGUUGCCCCUGGCAAGAGGUUCAGGCCCAUGGACAACCUCUCUGGGGGGGAGAAGACCGUGGCGGCCCUGGCUCUGCUGUUUGCCAUCCACAGCUACAAGCCCGCACCUUUCUUUGUCCUGGACGAGAUCGACGCCGCGCUAGACAACACCAACAUUGGCAAGGUGGCCAACUACAUCAAGGACCAGUCAGUGAACACCCAGGCCAUUGUGAUCUCCCUGAAGGAGGAGUUCUACACCAAGGCCGACUCUCUCAUCGGAGUCUAUCCAGAGCAAGGAGAUUGCGUCAUCAGUAAAGUGCUGACCUUUGACCUGUCUGUGUACCCCGACGCCAACCCGAACCCCAACGAGUAGAUCUUUUAAUGGUACUGACACUGAGGAGCAACGACGAGCAACGUUGGCAUGGUGACAUUCUGUUUGGUCAUGUUCAGUCGGGCAGGCGAUAGAAAACAUUUUGUAACCGACAAUGGAGAUGGCUGUUUCUAAUAGGACAAAUCCAACUAGGGACUCCUUUUUCUGGACGUUUUCGUACAUAUUGUGCCUGAUGAAUAUGACUUAUGUUUCUACUGUCUCUGGGCGGAUAAUGUAUCUAAUGUAUUAUUCUGUAGUGUGAUGAAUCCAACAUACCGCGUAAAUGUUGUUUUGCCGUCAUUUAUUUUAUUUGUAUGAUUUCUGUAUUUUGUUUUUAGUCUAUAGUUAGCUUAGGGUCUUAGUGUGUUUUUGAACAGAGUGGGGGGGGGGUAGGGAGGUGUGAGGAUUACAGUUAAAGCAGCUGAAAGUUGGUAUUUCUAGACUACUCUAGAUACAGCUACAACGUGAAUAUAAUGUUCAUUUAUACAAUUUUAUUUCAUUUUUUUCUAAUUAACUUGGAAGAAAUCUUUAAUUGCAAGCAAGGCUAUUAGGCUUAGGAAAUAAUUGUAAAAAUAAUUUUUGAAAAAGAUGUUUGUUAUUGUAUCAGGUGUUUCGGCUCCUAUGGAAACUGCUGAUAUGAUCAUGCAUUACGCCUUCAUGCUUUUGGUCUGUGAUAAACAUUUUUUACUGAUCUCCUUUUCUCCGAAUUCUUCCUUUUCAUUUCACUGGUCAAUGUACUUAUGUAUCUUAAAUCCUGAUCUUAUCCUAUUGUGUUACUUUUGUAUUUUUGUCUGAUUUGUCAGGAUUGGGAGAACCCAUAGUAACUAGUUGGUGACCAACCUCCUUCCCUAUGAUAUCAUCUGCUUAUUUCAAACCUAGUACAACUACCCUGUUUUUCUCUAUCUGAAUUGGCCUUUUUUUCCACAUCUUCGCAUUGGUUCAGUGUCACUGAUGGCUGUUGUUUCUCUGGCUUUUGGCUUUGAUCAGGUGUCUAGCUAACCUGUGUUCAAAGAUGUGAACAAAGACAAAUGGGUCCUUGAACCUAAAGGAAGUUCAUGUACCUGUGCGUGGUCCAGAGUUGAGACACUCUAAAAUCUGUGGAGAGGAACGAAUCCCGGCUUUCAACCAAACAACCUGUUGGCUUUCUGAGAGUCUAGACCAUUACCUAGAUAAACUAUAACUGUUCAGUGAUCCUAUUGGAUUGAAAGUGGUUAAGAUCAUGAAACUCUAUUUUGUGUGAUUUGGAGCUUCUUAAAGUGAUUUGUAAACAUGACCAUGAUGAAAAGCAAUUAUUUUUCACUGGUUGUAUUCUUAGGAACAUGUUUUUAUUUAGUACUUCACAAAUGCAAUGUCAGUUUGAGUUGAUGUUAUAUGCCCCAUCACUUGGGUAAGGAGUAUGCCUUUUGAUAGUAGCUUUUACAAUGCCCCCCCCCCCUCCCGCAUUUGUUUUAAAUCUGUCCAUGGCUGAUGGAAAACCUUUUUCAUUUAUUGGUCACUUCAGAAUAAGAUGUUUUCUAAUGUGACAUUGUAUUGCUUAUUUUCAGUUAAUAAACUAUACUGUUUUA